GCUGAGGCAAAACGAACCCCAGCAUGGUGCUCAGGAUACAUUCAGCUUGAGAUUGGAAUGCCGUAAAUUUAGAGACUGGAUAGAGCACGACUUUUACCGUUGGAAACCAAACUACUUCUACCAGCCAGUGAUGAGACACUCAACAGAACAAGAAAUCCUUAAAGUGCCAAUUAAAGUGAUAGAGCCUGGACACCUGAUAAUGAAGCAUCGGAGCUAUGAGUUCUCAUUUUUAAUAAAACACAACGAACAGGCAUCGGCAGUGCAACUAGCUUCACAACCGGAUCUUUACGAGGAGCCCCAAACACUAAAUUAUAAAUUCAAAGACGAUGCUUAUACAGCAGGAACUGAUAUCCAUUUCGAAUACUUCAAAGUCAAGUCUAUAUUGUUUCCAAAGUUCAAGGAGAAAUCCCAUUUUAAACUUCUCUCUAGAGAAGGUCUUUAUGACAUUCCGACGGAACCAUUUCUUAAAAAAGAGAAAUUGGUGGAUUUCCUUCAAAAUAUAGGAUGUCAUUGGUUUGAGUUCAUGACCAAGAAAAUUGUUGUGCGUCCGGAAUAUCUAAAAGAAUUGAUGAUUUUGGACUUCAAAUUGGCCGUCGAGGAUUUCCUACAGAAAAAAACAGCACCAACACAUGAAACAAUUGAAGAAAGGAGUUUACGUAUGCAGAAUUACGAGAAACAUAUUUUCCAGAUGCUAGAAAUCGAUAAAAUAGCAAAACUGACUCGAGGAGAACUAAUGAUCGAAACCAAUCCUAAGCUUCGUGUGCAGAUUAUGUGCGACGAACAGUUCAAAGCUUAUGCAGACAUAAAUUUGAAAAGUGCUAAAGAAAAGAGCCUCUUCGAUUGCUUUGGAUUGUCCGGAGAAAGUUGCGCACUCGAGAAUCAAACCUUGCAAAUGAUGGCCGAAAUAAUGAUUCUUAUGGACAACCAGAAAUUAAAUCUAGACAUGCGAAGAUUCCAGGGCGAAUUUUACGAGCUGAACGAGGCUUUGUUGCGUGAGAAACUGCUAGACAUUCCUCCCGGGCAGGAUCUGGAGAGCUGCUGAAACCGAUAAAAAAGCAACCGAUGUUUCAGCUUUCUUGAGACAGCUGAAACACCCUUCCAGACUGCCAAGAGGGCAGAACCGAAGCAUCAUUACAUUUCUGUGAUUGAUUAUUUUAAUAAUAUUUAACACAACAAGCACCUACUGAAAUUUUAAUAUAUAAAGAGCAUUACUGACUAAU